GGCGGCGCGGGCGGAGCGGCGGCUGCGUUUCCAUGAGUCACUCCAGGACUUUCUGCUGCCUGCCGUGAGGUGGGGAGGGGGUACCUCCGUGCCGACGUCCUACUCCGUGAUGUGAGGCACAGGCAUGCUCAGUAGCUGGUGCCUACCCCUCCUCUCUCAGCAACGGUGCCUACAACGCUGAGAGACCGCCGGCAGCCGGAGCGGGGCCGGAAAGCCAUCUUUACGGGAGCGGAGGCAGCGGCGGUCGGGAGCCAUGUCUGCUCCAGCUCCUACCCAAGGACCCACUGGUGCUGGGGCUGCAGGACCACUUCCUGCUACUAAUGUGUCAAGUAACAAAAGGCUGCAGCAGACACAAGCCCAAGUGGAUGAAGUGGUAGACAUCAUGAGAAUGAACGUGGACAAGGUGCUAGAAAGAGACCAGAAGCUCUCAGAGCUUGACAACCGGGCAGAUGCAUUGCAAGCAGGUGCCUCACAGUUUGAAACCAGUGCAGCCAAACUGAAGAGAAAAUAUUGGUGGAAAAAUUGCAAGAUGAUGAUCAUCCUUGGUGUAGUAUGCACAGCCAUUCUCAUUAUAAUUAUAAUUUAUUUCUCCACUUGAAAAAAUGAAGAAGGAAGACUUGGCACAACUUUGUUCGUAUCAACCAACAAUAUCAGUGUUCCUUUGUUGAACUCCGCUUUUUAAUUCCUGGUGUCUUGGGAUUUUUGCUUCUAAUAAUGUAUAAGCAUUCAGUGUGGUGUGUUUUGGAAUUCUGUUGUUUCCACAAGAAACUGUACCAGCUAAAUACUGCCAAGUAGUUCCAUACACUGUCUUAUCACUGUGUCUUAAAAUGUGCACGCACUGACCUUCAGAAACCGUAGUAUAAGAAAAGCAUCCUAAAUAUCUCAGAAUUGGAGAAUGCAGCUGUAGGAGAGUUCCUGCGUAAAGGGACACUGUCAGGUUUCAGCAAACAUGAGGGCCAAAAUUCUUAGUCUGAGUACCUAAAGCUGCGUGGCAAAAUCCACUAUCAGAUGCAGCUUUUUGAGGUAGCAAGUGUCUGCUGCACUGGAGAAUGGUACUUGCAGCUAUUCAUAGAAUGUGUAAGACGUCUCUACUUAGCCAACCAAUCACAUAUGUUUUUGAAAUUAAAUGUGAUAUCCAUCUAAAAACAUUACCUGCAGAAAAUAAAUAUAUCUGCAUUUUAUGGAUUUAAUUUUUCCCUUGCAGUAUGUUCUGAGCAACUGAGAUGGCCUCAGUGUGAAAGACAGAAAGAAGACUGUUCGACACCAAAAAAUGUUAGCUAGCACAAUCUUGAAAAAGCUCAGUGAAAUGCAGAAAUGGUAAUGCAAGCACCAUAAAUAACCAAGAUGCAGAUUCUUGCUAAGGACUCAAGGUAGUGUCUGUCACAAUUCACAGAACUCUCUUGAAUGACAAACUCCAAUGCUUAUAGCUCUAACUUGAGUAUAUAAAUGACUUGGGUGAUGUCUGUGGCUUCCCAUCACAACUGUAAGAAGCUGGUUCUACACCAUUUUGCAGAAAUGGUUCCCUUUGUGAGGAUCAGUUAAAAAUCGGGAAGAGGAGGAUGCAGUAACAGAAGGAACUGUAGGGACAGAGGCCAGGGAAUGGAAAUUGGAUAGUGCCUAACAAAGCUUUCCUUGAGCAGAGGAAGGCAGAGAAACACUGUUCUAAACUGGAGGUGUUAGUAGGCUUACUUAAAUUUAAGUUGUGUUUGUAUAGUUUAUAAGCUAUAACAUCAUCUUAAUAAAGUACUCAGUUCAGAUAUUUUUCAUACUUAAACCAACAUUUGAUACAAUUAAAGUAAAGAAUAUAUUGCAUUUGGGGGGAAAGUUGUAUGCUAUUGUUGUAAGGUUACACCCAAGUGUUUGAUUUCUACUUGAUUUUUAAGAUACUGCACAGUUUGUUUUGAGAAGAAUGUGGAUAAUAUCCA